GGGGGGAAGGGGAGAGGGCCGGAGGUUGAUCCUGAUUCUGGCGGGGAUGAUGGUAGCGAUGACGAUGAUGAGGGGGAGGGGGGGAUGACGGAGCAGGAAAAGUUGGCGAGGGCGUUUGGGGAGAGGAAGAUUCGGGUGAGGUUGCAUGGGAGUCGGCUUCCUGAAAGAUACGUGUUGAAUCUGAGAUUGACCAAGGGGGAGGACGCGAAGGGGAGGAGGAAGAGUGCGAGGACGAUGGGGAGGCCUAUGAGGAAGAGGAGGCGGGGUGGUGGUGGAAAGCAGAUGAAGAAGGAAGUUGUCGAGACUAGUUCUGAGGGGGCGUCUGGCGACGACGGGGACGGGGAUGUUGUUCCUGAUCCGCUUGAUGGUGGCCACGACGGCGGUGAUGGUGAUGGCGAGGGGGAGGACGAGAAGCUGUCCGCUGUGGAGAGGGAGAUUCGGGAGGUGGAAGACGAGUUUGUGAGGAGGACGAACGCGUAUCGGGGCGCCGAGAAUAGCGUCGGGAGCGUGUAUCAGCGGCGGUGGUACCUUUCGCUCGAUCGGGAGGCGUGCGGUUUUGAGAGGAGGAGUAUUGGGGGGAAGAGGGUUUGGGUUCUGAGGCACGGUAAUGAUGGUGGUGAUGUUAACGGUCAAGGGAUCAAAGAAUGUGGCGGUAGAAAGAAAGAGGAGGUUGAUGAGAGCGGGAGGCUAAGGUUUCCGUUCUACGUUAGAGGUCCCGACGUUGAGAGGAGCGUUGUGACGGGACGGAGGGGGGGUGAGGUUUUGAGGGAUGAGGGUGUUGAGGGGUUUGUGAGGAGGAAGGGGUGGAGGCCUGUGUUGAAUUGAGAUGUGUGAGUGCUUCUGGUUCAUGGUUUGAGACUUGUGCAAGAAGACGAGUACUGGGGGGUAUUUAUUUGGGAGGUGAGU